AACGGCUCACUCGCCCAGUCCUCGAUCCGUAUUCUCAGCGAGUGGCUACCAUCACAGCUAGCUCCUACCCCCCUCAGUUCCGGCGACCCUCCCCAGCCACCGCCACCAUGUCGGGCAACCUCGCCUUUGGCCGCUUCGAUGACUCCUUCAGCGCGGCCUCCCUCAAGGCCUACGUCGCCGAGUUCAUCUCCACCCUCGUCUUCGUCUUCGCCGGCGUCGGCUCCGCCAUCGCCUACACCAAGUUAACCGGCGGUGCGCCGCUUGACCCGACCGGGCUGAUCGCUGUGGCGGUGUGCCACGGGUUCGGGCUCUUCGUCGCGGUGGCUAUCGGCGCCAACAUCUCCGGCGGCCACGUCAACCCCGCCGUCACCUUCGGCCUCGCCCUGGGAGGACAGAUCACCAUCCUUACCGGCAUCUUCUACUGGGUAGCCCAGCUCCUCGGCGCCAUCGUCGGCGCCGUCCUGGUCCAGUUCUGCACCGGCGUGACGACCCCGACACACGCGCUCUCCGGCGUGGGCGCGUUCGAGGGCAUCGUCAUGGAGAUCAUCGUCACCUUCGGGCUCGUCUACACCGUGUACGCCACCGCCGCGGACCCCAAGAAGGGCUCGCUCGGCACCAUCGCCCCCAUCGCCAUCGGCUUCAUUGUCGGCGCCAACAUCCUCGUGGCAGGCCCCUUCUCCGGCGGGUCCAUGAACCCGGCCCGCUCAUUCGGCCCCGCCGUGGCCAGCGGCGACUUCACCAACAUCUGGAUCUACUGGGUUGGCCCGCUCAUCGGCGGCGGCCUGGCCGGCAUCGUCUACCGGUACAUCUACAUGUGCGACGACCACGCGCCCGUGGCCAGCAGCGACUUCUAAGCUGAGCCGAGUGAAGGGUGUCGUCACCGUGCAUUGUUGUUUGCUUUCUCUCGGAGAUGUUGUUUGGUUCAGAUCAACGCCCCGGAUGCUAGCUGUCUCUGAAUUUGCUCCUUGUUGUGAUGUGGUGAGUGUUAAGUUGGUGGGGUUUUUGUAAGAACCAGUGCUCUUCUGUUGACUUUUAUUGCGCGAUUUAAUUUGAUUUGUGCCCUAA